AUGGCAGAUGCUGGGGGUAGAUCACGACGGUCAGCAGAGAUCGAAUGGACCUCUGAGCCGGGUGACCUGCCCCGGAAGGUCACCGAGGGGGCCCUCCACAGCCUGGUUGGUGGCAACUAUCUAGUCCAGCUAAGGGACGAGCCGAACGUGGGACACGCGGUCUCCGUGGGUGCCGCUCGCUCACGGCGAAUGCAAGUUUCACUUCGGGAGAAUGGCGGCCAUACACGACCAGGAGGCGACAUUCAAGUGCAGGACAUCCGACACGGACACAACGGCCAAUCCUAUGGCCGCUUGUUACAUCGGCGGACCAGGCAGAUGAGCGAGCGAGCGAGGCUUCGACCUGGGGAUGAGUUCACACGGGCGCGGGGGGGCCGGAAUAGCUCUACACUGGCCAAAGAAAAGAGGGAUACAGCUGUUGCCACUGAAGACAUCAUCGGAAUGUCGUGGCAUAGCCUCAGUGUGUGUAAUAAGAUUUUGUAG